CCUCCUCGUAAAAAAAACCAAAAGUAAAAGUAAAAAACACACUCUCCCCACAUAUGGCACCACCUCCAAGAACCCGUACAAGAGGAAAGAAGCUACCUCCUGGAGCAGGGACCACAAAGAGAUCUAACGCCAUUGAGAAGACACCUCAUGUUCUUGAGCCAGAGACGGAAUUAGACAGGAGCGUAAGCAUGGAGGUUGAUCAGGAAACAGCCUCUGCCAAAGCGUGGAUCCAGGAGCAUGUUCAGCAGGAAGUGGAUAGAAUAAGGGCUACUGGAGCAACCGUUGAGCCAUUGGCGGUCAAAAACUUUGGAAUUGUUGUCGAUCUCUCUCGCAAGAAGGCCAUAGCCAUCAACCGCAUUGAAAUUGACACGAGUUCUGAUUUUAAAAAGGUGGAGCAGAUCAUGGUCUCGCCAGGAGUUCCUUAUCCGCACAAGGAGAACUUUGAAUACGUCAACGUAUUACUUUUCGCAAGUAGCACAGAGGCACCUAUGCUGGUACCAUACUUAUACGAUACAAAGUUCAGGACGCAGGAACCAACAGAAGAACCUCAGCGUGAAAAUUCAGCGUCUGUUUCAUUGCCAUCGAUGGCCACAGCCUAUGACACUACUGCGAAUCAAAGGCCUUGGAUCAAUGUCAAAAAUAACCUCACAGAAUGGCUCCUGGUCAAUGCGCAGCACAUGCGCGCCAGGCACCACAUCGACGAGUUUCACGACAUCUAGAAU